UAUAGUGACAGUUCAUCAAUGAAAAUAAUAUCUGGUCGAGUUAGUCACAGACAUUUUUUUUUUAAAAUGAAAGAAAUUUGGCUAGAAAAAUAUCGUCCUAAGCUUCUUGAUGAUGUUGUCGGAAAUACUCAAAUUAUAUCACGAUUACAAAGCCUUCAAACGAAUGGGAAUAUGCCACACAUUUUAUUGGUUGGACCUCCUGGUACAGGGAAAACAACAAGUAUACUAGCACUCGCUAGAUCUUUGCUAGGAAGCUACUACAAACAUGGUGUUAUUGAAUUGAACGCCUCUGAUGACAGAGGUAUUGAUGUAGUUCGUGAUCGCAUUAAAGGAUUUGCAAGAGAAAAAGUCGAAUUGCCUGACGGUAAACAUAAAAUUAUAAUUUUGGAUGAAGUUGAUUCCAUGACCGAAUCUGCACAACAGGCUUUAAGACGUUUAAUGGAGGUUUAUUCAAAUACUACUCGUUUUGCUUUAGCUUGUAAUCAAUCCACUAAAAUUAUUGACCCCAUCCAAAGUCGCUGUGCGAUUAUUCGAUUCACCAAGUUAAAGGAUGCUGAUAUUCUUAAAAGACUAAAGUUUAUAUGUGAAAAAGAAAAUGUCGUUUAUGAAGAGAAUGGAUUAGAAACUUUAAUUUUAACAGCUGAAGGAGACAUGCGAAACGCCAUUAAUAAUCUGCAAUCGGCUGCAAGCGGUUUUGGUAUAAUAAAUCGUGAAAACGUUAUUCAGGUUUGUGAUAUGCCACCGCCCGAGACAAUAACGGAAGUGAUUCGCUCUUGUUUAUCUGGAGAUUGGAACAAAGCCCAUACAUUAGGUUAUCAACUUUUUGAAGAAGGUUAUACACCGUUAGAUAUUAUUAGUAUAAUGAAGACACUUUUACGACGUCUUUCCUUAGCAGAAAUAAUUUCAUUAGAAUAUCUAAAGUUAAUCAGUCGAUAUCAAUUUAAUUUAUUGGAUGGAGUUAACUCUAAGCUUCAAUUCGAUGCAUUAUUAGCCAGUUUAUGUUCUGUGAGCAUACAAAUCUGUGAUACAAAGGAGCGUAUGCUAACAAUAGAAUAACAAUUUUUUUUUCCGUUUUAAAAAAGAAAACAAAGGCUUAACAUUAAUUUUUUAAUUUUUUAGUCCGGACCACGUAAAUAAUUGAUUCUUAUUCUACUACCAAAUAAUUUUAAUUACAAUAUGACUUUUACGAAUCGCGUGAUUUUUUUGGGCCUACGCUUA